AACAUUUCUGAAAAAAGAUAACACAAAACCGUAAGGCUUAUACUUAUAUGCGCAUUAAUUAUUAUAUAUAUAUAUAUAUGUUCAUAAUAAGUAAAAACUUAUAUACAUAAAAUUAAUUUAUAAAUUACAAUUCUAUUUUUAAAAUAUGGCGCAAAGUAAAACAGAAAAAAUUGGAACAAUUUUUACAAGAAUAACAGCAUUAGUACGCUCAGAAGCAUUACAUCCAAAUAAUUUGCCAUUAUGGUAUAACAUAUAUAAAAGCUUUCCUCCAAAAGAUGAACCACUUUUUGCUAGAAAACCAUCACAGAAAAAAAUACAAGAUAUAUUUUAUGCUGAAGAUAUUAUAAGAGCAAAAUUUCACAAAGAUAUGGAACUUCCUAUAAUAGAUAUGAAAUCUGAUAAUGUUACGCAAACUCAAAUAUUUUUAUCUUUAUAUAAAAAUUUUUUACAGGAUAAUAUUAAAGAAGAAGAAGCAUAUGAAAAGGCAUUGCAAAAUUAUAAAGAAACUUAUAAUGCUAAAACAAUACCUAAAUCAUAGAUAUCACAUGAAGACACUAAAGAUAACAAAGAACAACAAGAAAUAGAAUUUUGAAUUAGAAUACAUAUUUAUAAUACAUAUUUAUAAUAACAUAUUGUAAAAAUAAAGAGAAAAUUAAUCAUA